UGUGGCUUGAUAUGGGGUGUGUGCGCGUGUCCACCUAUCAAACAACAAGUCUGCAACUACCUCCUUCCUACCUAUCUACCCCCCACACUCUUUGAAUGCUAGCCGCCCUUCGCCCCUUUCCUUUUUUAUUUUUAUAAAUCUAACUCUUGCUUUCUUCAUUUUCCUACAAACGCACGCAACACCCUCUUCACCCCAGUCACAAUUUUUUCUCAUUUCUCGUAUCUCUGUAGUCUCACCAUGGCCCCUUCUUUCGACACAAGUACUCAAACAGUAUGCGUUAUGGAUGCUUCCAGCCAGUUCGGCUUCAGCCUAGUCCAGAGACUACUCCAAAGGGGCUACGCCGUCCACGCUUCCCUUCAAAAAUAUGGGGAAAAAGACCUUUUCAAUGGGAUUUCUACUGAUUCCGAUAAGCUCAAGAUUUUCCGAUCUGAUCCAUUUGAUUACCAUAGCAUAGUUGACGCACUCAGAGGCUGUUCUGGCUUGUUCUACACAUUUGAACCUCCCCUUGAUCAACCCGAUUAUGAUGAAUACAUGGCAGACGUGGAAGUAAGAGCUGCACACAACGUGCUCGAAGCUUGUGCUCAGACAGAAACAAUAGAUAAAGUGGUUUUCACAUCCUCAGCUACCGCAGUUGUUUGGAGGGAGGAUCGUAAGACCAUGGAAUUGGAUUUAGACGAGAGACAUUGGAGUGAUGUCAAUUUCUGUCGAAAAUUCAAGUUAUGGCAUGGGGUGUCAAAGACAAUGGCAGAGAAGACAGCAUGGGCCUUGGCAAUGGACAGAGGAGUGAACAUGGUGUCCGUAAACGCAGGCUUGUUGAUGGCCCACGAUCUAUCAAUUAAAAGUCCUUACUUGAGAGGAGCCGCUGAGAUGUACGAGGAUGGUGUCUUCGUGACCGUUGAUUUGGACUUCUUGGUGGAUGCUCACAUUUGCGUGUACGAGGAUGUCUCAUCCUACGGUCGUUAUUUGUGCUUCAACCACAUCAUCAACACCCACGACGACGCCGUUCAGCUCGCCCGCAAGUUGACGCCUUCUGCUUCUUCAUCCUUACCUCAAAGCGAUGACCAUGGUAAGAGUUUUAUCGAACAGAGAAUAAGCAACAAGAAGUUGAACAAAUUGAUGGUGGAUUUCGAGGCUUGACUUCGGCGGUGAUAUUUUGGACGGUGAUAGAGCAAUCACCUUGGCUGUUUUCUGCGAGAGGGUAUUCGUGUGUAAAAUGUUGCGAAAAUAUGUACCUAUGCCCCAUAUUAUUAUUUAUUACAAAUGAUUGUAUUUUUAAUCAAAUAAUAAUUUCUUUAUUUAUUUAUAAAUUAGAUAAUGC